AUGGUAUCGGACGAUGGUUCCAAGAUCAUUGUAUUCGGAGGAGAGCUCGACGUCACAUCAUUCUUAAGCUCAAUAUACGUCCUCGACGUCGCAACACAGAUCUGGAAACGAGGACCAGAUGUCCCCACCCAACGGUCUCAAUCUGCAUGCGCGUAUCAUGACGGGCAGUUUAUUGUCUUUGGAGGAACGGGCAGCAGGAACAUGUCGGAGGAUAUGCAUACCACCCAACCGCUGGUCUUUGAUGUCCAGGCAUUGAUUUGGGUGCUGCAGUUUACACCCAAGGAAGUGCCUUAUCCGCCUUCCUCUCCGAACGGCGGAGGGAAUGCGACAGGAAAUGGUGGUGAGACCAGGAAGAAGAAUAAUGUUGGACUGAUUGUUGCAUGUGCAUUUGGAGGGUUUGUGGUUUUGCUUGGUGUUAUGGUCGCGGUGAUUUUGAGUAGAAGAAAGCGAGAGCACAGGAAACGGGAUGUCUUUUUGGCUGGUGACAAGCAUACCAAGAGACCGGAUGGUACUGCUGUAAUCCCCAGUGAAGCGAACGCGUUCAUUCAUCCCAGCGGAGGAGCAAGAGCAGGAGGUAGAGUUGGCAAUGAGGAUGAUGAUGAGGACGAUUACCCACCAUUUCGUCGACCACGGAGUCCACCUGGUCCACCUACCAACAACUACCACCCGUACAAGCCCUUCACACCCACUGAGUAUUAUCCAUCCGCCUAUGGCUAUAUACCAACCGCUGUACCAGCACCAGUGCCAGCAACAGGAUCAACAGCCCUCAAAUCCACCGGAUAUUACCCAACCGUCUUUGGCAGUGCACCAUCGACUACAACAGCGGUAGUGAUAGCAAAAGGCGUUCCAAUCAUGGCAGCUGCCGCCGUCGUGAACAGUUCCAGGCCCGUCUCGGCCAGUUCUCGACCUGCCUCAUUCACAACCACAACAGCGCAGUCGGAUCCCUCCUUCUAUUACAAACAGAUGCAGGCAGAGAUGGACAAACCUCAACCCCAUCCACCAGCACCACCACAACCACAACCGCCACGGCCAUCAACAUCUGCGCCGCCCAGGACAUCCUAUACCUCAAGCUAUUCGCCCUCUUACUCGGAUAAUACGGAUUCGACAAUUCUGGGUCAUGUAAGCACGAUGAUCAGUCCGCCUGCUCGUCCUACAAUGGAUCUUCCCCCUCCUAUCCCGCGUCGUCCUCCUUCUGGUUCUGGAUAUUAUUCGAUGGUUUCUGUCGGAGACACGACAGCUCCGAUGGCUUCAGCGCAGCAAAAACAACAACAGCGGCGGUCGCCUUCACCGUCAGCACCUGGUCCACAGUACAGGGGCGAUGAACAUGCUCAGCAUCAGGAACAAAUUUAUCGGUCACAACAACAACAGCAGCGUCCACACUACAGCCAACACCAACAACCAUACCAACAACCGAGUCCAACCCCGGGACAGUACAGAUACUCGACGGCAACGGCAGAGGAAGACGGGGUACAGUCGCCACAGCCUUCAAUCAUCGAAGGGUACAAUGAGUUCCAUGGGCCAUGGACGAACGAUCGACGGCGGUACGCGGCGCCACAUGCGGUCCGGGAUGUGCCCAUGGAGACGUAUCGCGAUUAUAAGGUUGAGGCGCCUCGACAGCCGCAGAUGGGGCAAGGGUCCUUUCAUUGA